UGAAUUGGGGGAAUCAGAAUCUUAGGGACCUGUAAGGCAGCCGAGUUAUGCAGUCAUCAAAUGCACAGAUUGCGGCAUCAGUUGACGAGUCCCUACUUUGUUCUUGAGUUUUACAAUUCGGAAUAUUACCAGAAUGGGCCAAAUUCACAACACCAUUUUUGUCUUGGCAGGCAUCAUUGGUCCGACUCUUACUACCCAGGCAAGAAAUAGUCCGCUCACACAGCCUUACACCUUACGCCUUAUGGUGGCCUACCCAGUCUAGGCUGUGUCAUCGAUACCAAUUCAGCCCCCGUCCAUUUCAACAGUGAAUUAGUCAUGGGAGUGUCAAUAUAUAUAUAUCACAACAUACAUCUUAAUUCGAUCCAUAUUGCGAGUCUUAUCUUUUCACCGCCAGAUUACCUGAUUAUCUACCUAGAUUACGGAUAUAUAAGUCGAGCAACCCCUAUCCCACCGUCACAAUGUGCGGAAACUGUCACCACACCACCGCGGCCUCCUUCUCGUCAGCCCUUGCGAUAACCAACCCGGAACUCAUCUGGGUACAUCAACAAGAGCAAAAAAGGCGAGCUGGAUUAUAUCACAACUAUCACAAGCAAUCACAAUCACAGCCAUCAAACGUCAUGUCUUCAUCAGCCUCGACGUAUUCCGAAUCUACGACAUACUCGUACGAUAAGGAGAAAAGCCAAGGUGAUACGAAGCAGAAGCGAUCGAUGAAGCAGCGAAUCAAGGAGACCUUCAAGGAGAUGGGUAGCCCACCUACUUCGAAAUACGACCGAGACCAUGGCCUAGCGACCAAGGACCAUGCUACCGAGCAUGGUCCCAUGAGUUCGAGUCCCCUGAGUAGGACGUAAGCGGGUAGUAGCGGCAGGGCCUUUCCUCUUUUCGAUUUGUUUUGAAUACGCCAAAUCUUGUUUUAUGUUGGGGUCAAGUUAGCAUGCAGAGUCAACGGAAUAUGGUCCGAAAGAGCGGAAUGGUGCCGUUUGGUAGGAUUUCCAGAAUCCCCUAUGUGACGACUAC